AUGACUGCCUCUACAGCACUUCAAAAGGCUAUAGAACUUGUAACCCGUGCAACUGAUGAAGACAAAAAUAAAAAUUAUGAGGAAGCAUUGCGGCUUUAUACUGGAUCUUGUGAAUAUUUUAUGCAUGCUUUAAAAUAUGAAUGCCAAGCUGAGCGUCAAAAAGAAAUUAUUCGUGAACGAAUGCAAGAGUACAUGAAACGUGCUGAAGAUUUGAAGGAUCACAUCAAAAAGACCUCAAACAAUUCAAAAGGAGGCAAACGUCCAGUUAAAGAAGACGAUAAAGAUUCUAGCGGCGAUGAAGAAGAUGGAAAUAAAAAAUUUCAAAAGGCUAUAAAUAAAGCUAUUGUAGUCGAAAAACCAAAUGUUAAAUGGGAGGAUAUUGCUGGGUUAGAUGGUGCUAAAGAGGCAUUGAAGGAAGCUGUUAUUUUGCCAAUAAAGUUUCCACAUUUGUUUAAAGGUUCCCUCUUUUUUAAAUAG